AUGCGAGGGGUGCUCAGACUGAGACGACUGGCCAUACGCCAGACAUGGUCACUGUCGCCAUCGCUGAGUCGAAAAAUGGCAACGAUCACCGCAGAAAGGGUAGACGAAGUCGAGCUUGAACCGAGCGCAGAGUAUCAUCCACCUCAACCCACCUCGCUCAGAAUCAGCGCUCCCCGGAUCCCCUGGAGUGAGAGAGCCUCGCCCGAAGCUGGACCUUCAAGAACAGUCGAUCGCGAGCAAUAUGCCGAAGCGACAUUGUCAAGCUCCCGUCAAGACUCCAAAGGCAAGGAUGUCUUCCGUCAAGGUACCCAAAUGUCCGAAGACGAGAUUCUCGACCAGCUAGUCGAAGUUGUCGGAUCCGCGCCAUUAUCAGAUUACCCGCCGUUCCCCCUGAUCGAAUUAUCGGCGCGAAGGUUGUCAUCACGCUCCAGCACUGUCUGGUCUCUCUACAGUCAACUUCCCAUCCCUACUCGCCGGUCUCUUGACCCCGAGAUUUUACGCAAAAUCCUCUUCAUCGUCACGCCUCAUGCUCCUGUUCCCUAUCAAAAAUCCGAGGACAGAUACUCGCUUCAAAUGGACCGGUCAUCAAGGUGCGAGAGGCGACUCCAAGCCAUCAUUGCGGACCUGGAAUUCUCCAUGUCGAUCACUCAGCUCGACUAUGCAGUUGCGAUGCACAGAGUGGCACUCUACGGUGGCAUAGUGGCUGUCUCUCGCAUUCAUACACUUUUGCUCGAAAGGGUCCCCGAAUCAGCCCUGCGUCCGGAAAUCUUCGUCCAUACCCUACGAACUCGUUUAUUAGCCUUGGAGACUUGGUGUCGAGCCCAUCGGGCGAGCUCAAAGCCUAUAAGCACAGCUGCUGCUUGGGAAAUGAGUGUCAUGGAGCGGAACGAGCUCACUGGAGGAAGUUUCGGGACAGUAGGAACAGACGACAGGUCUGCCAAGGAUCCUCUGGCCCUAGCGAAGAAGGCCAGGAGACGUGACUUUUACAAACCUGUGGUUCCUUUAGAAUGGGGCGAACGUAUAGACUCGGUCGCUGGAAGUCUACUUCAAGUCCUGUGGUCUGUCCUGCGGGAUGUCAAUGAGAAGCCAGAGCUGUUCACUCCGGAGAUUGUGAACGAUAUCAUCAAAUCUCUGAAUUACAUACGAGACGUUUUCCAGCAUCGAGAUGAACGAAAGGAUGUCGACAAGAUGCUCGUGGAUGUCUUCCAAGGACUACUGGGACUGAAUCUACAGAGUCUGGCUCCUCAAGUGAACCCGGCGGUCCAUCUUAACCAAGAUUCUCUCCUCGCAUUGUGUAACCUCCUUGGGCAGAAUGGUGAAACAUGGAAGAUGAUAGCUGCGUCGGAGAUCUUCGGCAAAUUCCAACCUCUUCCUCAAUUGCCGUCCUAUCUCUCGAGACGCCGACGAUAUGUGAAAGGCGUCUUGUCAUCAGGCAGCCCUCGCUCUGACUCUGCUCGAGAUCCUGCAGACGCGGACGGAAGGAGUGAUACGCUGGAGAUGACUCAGGAGUCUUUCAAGUCUGACUCAGGAGUGUCGCCACAGUCGAGCUCGUCGGUCCAACCUCCGCAGGUGGUGGAUGUCUCUCAGCAAAGCCCUGGCGCCGACUGCAGUGGCUUCGAGCAUUGGCCUGCGAAACCGCUCUCGCGAAAGGCUUCCCAUAGUGCAGGCGACACUAACGAGUCGAAAGCACAGCAGCAACUAACGAAGGGCGGUAAACCCCUGAAGUUUAGGGCUUUUUACCCCAGCCCCCCUUCCUCAGCAGCCAUGUUCAACCGGGAUUCUCCGAUCCGACCGGAAAGUCAGUUGUAUCCGAAAGACCUCCUCUCGAACCAUCUGUUCAGCCGUAUGCUCCACUGGGCCAUUGAAGCAAACGAUCUGCUGGCUAUCAAAGUCAUCAUGCGAUCCUACAUGGAGGCAGCUCUGUCACAUCAAUCACUUUUCGUACGACAAGUGGUGAUCCGACAUCAAGAGGCUCUCGAGCGUCUGGAGCAAGAGACACAGUCUGGUGGUGACCCGGUAACGGAUCCUUAUGAUUGGAUUACGGAUCUUCAACCCCCCAAGACAUCCGUCGUCGUUGCGAACAUCCUUCAAGUCCGAUCGGUGGCACGGGAACGUUAUCACACAAAGCGUUAUAAACCGACUUCAUUGCUGGCGUUCAUUGACCGAAUGGUUCGUUCAGCCUUGGCGAGAUUAAAAGAGGAACAUGUCCUGUUGACUGGCCGGCAACCUCUGAAGGAGCGUAUAACCCCUGGUCAAUACCACAUGACCAUGUACAGGACGCCGAUUUCGAAUCCUGAUGCGCCUCUCGCUACACUGUUCAGUGCCCCUCCAUCUUUCACUUUGUCGUCCGAGGACGCUGGAUCUGUCCAGUACCGUGAUCGUGUCCGCUUUGCCAAUGUCAAACGAGGAGACGAACCCAUCGACGUGAGAUAUCACUGUGAUCGAUUACAUGAUGUGAUCAACAUGCUGCAGAACAUUGAUAAUACAUCGAAGGAGCAGCACGGGGUGAUACGACAUGCCAUCAAGAGGCGAGCAGCGCAUGCCAAGGAGGUCAAGCAUAGGGCUUUGUGGAUACAGCAGAUGAUUGACCAAGAACGACAAUCGUCAUUGUGA